AUGAAGGCUGAGAACUCGACGUCCAUAUCAGAGUUCAUCUUGGAGGGGCUCAGCCACCACAGGAAGACACAGAACCUUCUCUUUGUGGUCCUCCUCCUCAUCUACUCGCUUACCCUUGUGGGAAACUUGGUGAUCAUCCUGCUGGUACAAACCAACACCCAACUCCACACGCCCAUGUACUUCUUCCUCAUGCACUUGUCAGGUGUUGAGAUCUGUUACGUCACCAGCACGGAGCCACAGAUGCUGGCUCACCUCCUCAGUGGAAAUGGAGCCAUCUCCUUCACCCGGUGCGCCAUCCAGAUGUACAUGGUAUUGUCCAUGGGGAGUGCAGAAUGCUUCCUGUUGGGUGUCAUGGCCUAUGACCGCUACUUGGCCAUCUGCCGUCCUCUGAAUUACACUGUUGCCAUGGACCGAUGGCGUCAGUUGCAGCUGGCCUCAGCAUGCUGGUCAGGCGGCUUCCUCUCUGGUGUCAUAUAUAUGGGCUGUACCUUCCGCCAUCCCUUCUGUGGCCCCAACCAUGUCAACCACUUCAUCUGUGAGAUGCCAGUGGUGCUGAAACUCGCCAGUGCUGAUACGCAUAUCACAGAGGCUGUCAUUUCUGUGCAGGCAGGGUUGAUCCUCUUGGGUCCCUUUUCUGUUAUCCUGGCCUCCUAUGCACUCAUUCUCUUCUCUGUGAUGAAAAUGCACUCAGCCACUGGAAGGUACAAAGCCUUCUCUACAUGCGCUUCCCAUCUUGUAGUGGUCACUAUGUUCUAUGGCACUGUCAUCUCUAUGUACAUGAGACCCACUUCUGGUACAGCUCCAGCUCAUGACAAGCAAAUAGCUGUUUUUUACAUUGUAGUCACCCCACUGCUCAACCCUGUUAUUUACACCCUGAGGAACAAGGAUGUCCAUGGAGCCAUAGCCAAGCUGCUGCAAAGAUAA